AUGACCAGAAAGAAAGUCACCCUCACCUACAUCGCCAACGACGGGGCGAGGAAAGCCGCUUUCAAGAAGAGGAAGAAGGGCUUGAUGAAGAAGGUGAGCGAGCUGAGCACGCUGUGCGGGAUCGAGGCCUGCGCCAUCAUCUACAGCCGGUAUCAGGCCGAGCCGGAGGUGUGGCCAUCCACGCUGGGGACACGCCGAGCCAUUGCCAGGUUCAAGAACAUGUCGGAGAUGGACCAGGCUAAGCGGAUGGUGAACCAGCAAGGGUUCAUCCGGCAGAGGAUCGUGAAGGCCGAGGAGCAGCUGAAGAAGCAGCUGCGCGAGAACCGCGAGAUGGAGAUCUGCCAGGUGAUGUACCGGGCCCUCGUCGGCCAGCCGCUCCAGGGCCUGACCAUCUUGGACUUGAACGACUUGGGGUGGAUGCUGGAGAAGACCGGAAAGGAGAUCGAGGAGAGGAUCAAGAAGCUGAAGAACACAGCACUGGGCUCGGAGCAGGCGGUAUCGGCAGAGCCGACGGCAGAUAAGGGUUCGGAAGGGGACAACAGCGAGGCUGCUCCAAAGAACAACUCCGCUCUGGAUGAUGUCGUGGCCGCGGAGGCCAUGCAGAACCGGCCUUGGUACAUGGAGUUUUUGAAGCCGUGCAAAGAGGGCAAUACAGCGAAUCUCGGCCAGAACGAGCCGCUGCCGUCGUACCCGUGCGGCAACCUUACCCCUCCAUGGUCGAACUUCUAUUUCCCAUGA